UAAACUUAUUUCCGAUCUGAGCUUGGAGCUGACAACACAAUCCACGGAAAUAAAUCAGCAAUCAGCAGCAGCAGCAGCAGCACCAUUGGCCAUGAAGUGCACUUUGCUAACUACCUUGCUGGCGACCCUGGUGGUCUCUACUUUGGCGGCUCCCUUCGACUUGGGUGAUAUCUUCUCCAGCUUCCAGCCGCUGGAGAAGCAGGAUGUGGUCAAACGCCAGGUUCAGGUGCAGGCCAAUCCCGAUGCCGAGCUGAAGCAGAUCUCAUUCCAUGGCCUUAUCGGUGACUUAGAGGACAGUCUGUUCCAGUCAGCGCUGAGUCUGCAUCAGGCCAGUGCCCCUGGCACCGUGGUGGAGGAAGUAAAGCCUGGCCAGGUUGUGGAGGAGGAUGAGGAUGAGCAUGCGCUGACCAAGCGUUCUGAUGAGUCCACACCAGCUACCACUGACUCUGAUGGCUCAACAGAUGAUGGCUUGGCUCGCAAGAUUCUGCUGCAGACCACCAGGAAGGUGCCUGGGAGCGAGGAUGGUGUUCCCGCUCACCUCAUCAUUGAUCAUGUCUCCGUGCAGCCGCAUAAUGGUGGCGCCCUGCCCCUGAUUCCCACCUUCCAGGUGCACCACACUAAGCUAAUUUCGGCCACCAUCAAGGAGGAUUCGAAUAGCGACAGUAGCGAUGGCAAGCAGACCAAGAUUAGCAUUACCAAGACCUCGAUUACAUCGACGGCGCCGCUGGAGAGUGUGGAGGAGGCGCUGGCCGCCACUUCAGGGGCCACCUCAAGCUCUAGCUCUACGAGCACCACUACAGAGAGUUCCACCACAAAGGCAGCUCAGGAGAAGGAGCAGACGGAGGCGGACAAGCCAAGCUCCACCACCGUUCUGACCAUUGUGACUAGCUCCAGCUCCAGUUCUAGUUCCAGCUCUACCUCGACAAGCACCACCACUACCACCACUGAGGCACCCAUUGAGAAGCUGAAGAAGGACGAGGAGAAGCUCAAGGAGAAGGUGGCCGAGGUGGAGGCCGAUCCCAUCAUCCUUUCGGCUCGCGUUUAAAGCAAGCCGACCUUUUGAACUAGUUGUAGCCCAUCCAAUCUCAUCCCCAAACUCACAUAUUUAUGACACGCCAAGUUCAAUUAAAGUCAUGUGAUCCGAUCUUUA